UUCUGGCAAAAUUCAGAAUGGCCGGAGGAAUAGAGGCGGCCUGUCCCGGCCGGAAACGUCGUCGUCCUGCCGUUUGAUGUCGAUGCUGAUGUUGUUGCUACUCGGCGCCAUUCCCUCGUCGACGCAGCAACAGCAAUACUCGGCCGGUUGUGACUUUUACCAGGACGUGGCCUCGGGCCAGUCUUAUGCCAUCUAUUCGCCCAAUUACGGCGCCCCCUAUCCGGUCAACAUCCGCUGCCGCUGGACGCUGGCCACCACGCCGGGCUCGAGGAUUGCGUUGACCUGUCCGGACGUGGCCAUUCCACAGAGCGCCUCGUGUUACUACGACAAACUGCUGAUUUCGACCGGUGGCCAGGCGAACCUGGGCGAUGCCCGCGCCUACUGUGGCACCGGAACGCUGACGAUGGAAUCGACGGGCAGUUCGAUGGUGGUCGCGUUGGACGUUCCCGCCAGCAGUGCGGGCGGUGGUCGAUUCUACUGUACGGCCACAAAGCUGGACUGCGCCUGUGGGAUGCGGCGAAAGAAAAGAAUUGUUGGUGGGACGGAAACACUGGUGAACGAGUUUCCCAUGCUGGCGGCACUGGUUGAUUCGACGGGAGGAGGAAUCUUCUGUGGAGCCACAAUCAUUACCAACUACCACGCCCUCACGGCCGCCCACUGCCCCCUAGGCCGUUCCAUCACCAACCUGGGCCUGCUCGUCGGCGACCACGACAUCACCUCCGGCACGGACACCUCGUACGCCGCCCUGCACCGGCUAGCCUCAAUCCGGUCCCACGAGUCGUACAGCACCGUCACCAAGCAAAACGACAUCGCGAUCGUGCGAACCCAAACGGAGAUCCUGUUCACGGCAGGAGUUGGACCGGCCUGCAUGCCGUUCAAGUUCUUUGGGGCCUCGUUUGUGGGCGUUGAGUUGGAGGCGGUUGGCUGGGGAUCGACGGACUUUGGCUAUCCCAAGUCGAACGUUCCGAUGAAGGUGGAUCUGCCGGUGGUUGAUCCGGGACGGUGUAAUGGGAGUUAUAGCUAUUUCUCGAGUAGUCAGUUGUGUACCUGGAACGAUGGGAAGGACACCUGCCAGAGCGAUUCUGGGGGUCCGUUGUUCUAUACGGAUUUCUACAAUGGAUUGGUUUACUUGACGGGGAUCGUAAGUUAUGGUAGGGCUUGUGCAACUAAUGAUCCGAGCGUUAGCACCAGAGUUACGGAUUUCAUGAGUUGGGUUAUUCAAAAUACCCCAGAGUGGACUUAUUGUUAUCAAUGAAUGAAUAAAACAAGGAACAAACAACG